AUAUAUAAAAGCUCGGCUCGCGUGCAGCACGUACACAGAAAAGCGGGCGGCCGCGCGUUGCGUCGCCGCAUACAGCGAGAUAUACUCGCGCGACAAAGGAAGAAAGAAAUCCGGUGCAGGCCGUGAUACAAAGAGAUAAGCCAGAGAAAGAGAGAGGGAUAGAGAGCCCACAACGACGACGUAUAAGAUGGACCAUCAGUCAGACCAUCAGCGCCGCGGGAAAACUUAGACAGCUCGGCGCUGAUCAGUUUGUGCAUCAGGCGAAAGAAGCGUGCGAUGAGAUUAUUCCCGUCGGCGACACUCGCCACAGCACGUGCUCGAGCAGCCUACUACACCACUCCUCCUACAGCAGCAGCUAAUAUUGCUCGCGGACACGAGACUGCGAGUGGAAAGAGUGAGUGCGACCAAUGAUUUCGGCGUGGAGAGUCGCGGACGACGCGCGAAUGUCGUAGACUCGCGGAGGAGUUUUGCUGCUGGCGAAUCGGACGAACCUAUUGUGAUUUUGAGACUGUGAUGAUUUGACUUAGUAGAUUUUUACCGUAAGAAAUAUUCCACGAGGACUGCACGCUGCGCAAUGUCUGAGAAAAAUUCAGUGGUGCUCGAUGCAGAGAAAGCCGCUCUCUUUGACCAGAACUGCAAUGCGACGAAGAUACAGCUGGCCUCGACGAAUGGCAUCAUCGACAAGAACGACGCCCCCGAGAGGAAGAAGCGAAAAGGCAGCCCGUACAGGCAGAUCCUGGCUGCCUUGGUCGCGCAGCUCGGGACCGUCAACACCGGAAUGGUUUUCGCCUACUCCGCCAUAGCCAUUCCCCAGCUGAAGGCCAACGACAGCGCCAUACCCAUCGACGAUUCGCAACAGUCCUGGAUAGCGAGCAUGUCGGCGAUCGGUACGCCGAUCGGCUGUCUCUUCACUGGUUACCUGAUGGACGUGCUCGGUCGCAAGUACUCGCUCAUAGUGACCGAGAUCCCGGCCCUGCUCGGCUGGAUUCUCAUCUUCUACGCCUCGGACGUGCGGAUGAUCUACGCUGGACGCUUCUUCACGGGUCUAGGCUCUGGCAUGGUCGGAGCCCCGGCUCGGGUCUACACGAGCGAGGUGACCCAGCCACAUCUGCGGGGCACGCUCACGGCCAUCGCUAGUGUCGGGGUCAGCACGGGCGUCCUCGUCGAGUACACGCUCGGCGCCGUGCUCAACUGGAAGACCGUAGCCGGCAUCAGCGCCAUCGUCCCCGCGGCUGCCGUCGUCCUCAUGUUCCUCUUCCCCGAGACGCCGUCCUACCUGAUCUCCGUGAACAAGCAGCAGGAAGCGCGCGAGUCCCUGCAGAAGUUCCGCAGCACCUCGUACGACCUCAACGAGGAGAUGGACACCCUGGUGAACUUUUCCAACAAGAACAACCUCAAGAGGCUCACCGGCCUGAGAGAGAUUCUCAAGGCACUCGUCCAGCCGAACGCGCUCAAGCCGUUUGCGUUGCUCUUCCUCUACUUCCUCAUCUACCAGUGGACGGGAACUAACGCCGUGACCUUCUACGCGGUGGACAUCAUCGCCGACUCCGGUAUCAAGCUGAACAAGUACUUGGUCGCGGUCCUGCUGGGUGUCGUGCGGCUGGCCUCGACCAUCGCCGCCUGCAUCGCAUGCCGGAGAUUCGGUCGUCGGCCCAUGACCUUCAUCUCGUCGAUCGGUUGCGGCGUGGCCAUGCUCAGCUUUGGCUCCUACGUCAGCUUCAAGGACCAGCUGUCGAAUUACUCCUGGAUCCCGGUGGUCUGCAUCAUGGGCUACACGAUCGCGUGCACUCUCGGAUUUCUUGUCAUCCCCUGGAUCAUGAUCGGCGAGAUUUAUCCGGUGCAGAUCCGUGGGCUCGCCGGUGGCCUCACAACCAUGAGUACACACUUCUUCGUCUUCACCGUCGUUAAGACGUACCCAAUGCUCGUGUCGAGUCUCAGCCAGCAGGGCGUGUACUUCCUCUACGGGACUAUCUCGAUCGUCGGCACUAUAUACUUCUACAUCUGCCUGCCGGAGACGAAGAACAAGACGCUCCAGGAGAUUGAGGACUACUUCUCGGGCAGAAACAACAACCUGCAUACCGGAAGAAUCGCUGUUAGCAAGCCAAAGAUUUUGGAAGUCAAAAAGGGCCAGACGCUUCCUACGUGAUAUAAUAGUAGUUAUACCUACUCCGUGGAUAAAAAAAUUAUGCACACCAGAUGACCAGUUUUCUUGUACGAAUUUUAAUAAUACAGUGUACGACGAUGAUCAUUGAUCAAUCUGAAUGAGAAAUUUAGCUCUUAAGCAAUGGAUUAUGUUAGUUGAACUGCUUAUUUGUGCGAGCGUAAAAAGUAUAUAAUUGCAAUAACUGUCACUCGAUGAUAUUAAAAGUGAGUUAUUGCGCAGUGGGCAUUGAUUCCUCGUUUUUUUAAUCUUUGAAGCAAAUUACUUUCCAAUCGAUUGGUGCAUUAUAGGAAAACAGUUAUAGUACGAUAGAGUCCCACUGUUGGCGAAUGCACAAAGUUUUAAAGUUUUGUUUUUUUCUUUCAGUUUUCAUUUGAAAACUUUUCUUCUGUUGCAUAAGAAACUAGUACAAUCCAAAUUAUGCUUCUAUAUCUCUAGAGUAAUAGUAUUAUUUCCUAUACAAGAAGCUUUUAUAUUUAGAAACUGUACGAAUAAAAGAUAUAUUUAUUAUAAAUGCUUUUAUAUUGUAUUUGUAUCCUUACGCAGUAUAUGCAAAAGUCUUACUGCUAAUAAAUAAUUAACAAAAAAUGGAAAUUUUGUACAAAAAUGUAAUGAAAUUGAAUCAUAACUGUAAAUAGUAGAAUUUAAGUACAAAAGCACUUGUUACUUAUUUUUGUAAAAAGUCAAGUAAACUACGUGUAAUGCCAA